CCAAAGAUCAGCAUGAGCAUGCGUUUGGGUAGUGGGUCCCUCUGGUAUAAAAACAAUCAGCUGUGACACCGAUAGCAACGGUCCAUUUUCUAGCUCACAUUAUUACGCUGAGGUUUUGACUUGAGGCUGUUUUAGAGAUGAUUAAUGCCGUCAUGGAUACCCUUCAAGGUUUUGGUGUUACCACCACCCAAUACCUUCAAACAAAUUAUAAGGAUGCCCAGAGUCUAUUUAUCUGGGUGUCAUGGGCAGCAGACCUCAGGAACACCUUCUUUAUCUUCUUCCCGCUGUUCUUUCACCUGCGGGCAUCGGUGGGCAUUAAGCUAAUCUGGGUGGCUGUGAUUGGAGACUGGCUAAAUUUAGUCUUCAAAUGGAUUCUGUUUGGAGAAAGGCCUUACUGGUGGGUCCACGAGACUUCUCACUAUGCAGAUGAUGUUCGUCCUUACAUUGAACAGUACCCUAUGACCUGUGAGACUGGGCCAGGCAGCCCUUCUGGCCAUGCUAUGGGAGCUGCAGGCAUCUACUACACUCUGGUGACCUCCAUCCUCGCUGUCAUGGCCACUGAGAGGAAACGCGGGAAUAACAAGUACACCAGGAAGAACUGGUAUUUAAAGACGAUUCUCUGGAUGGUCUUCUGGGGAGUCCAGGUGUGUGUGUGUCUCUCCAGGGUCUUCAUUGCUGCCCAUUUUCCUCACCAGGUUGUUGCUGGUGUCAUCACAGGUAUAAUUGUUGCUGAGGCCUUCAACAGAACUGAGUGGAUCUACAGCGCCAGCAUGAAGAAGUACUUCUACACGACUCUCUUCUUGACCUCCUUCGCUUUUGUUUUCUACCUCCUACUCAAGACUCUGGGUGUGGACCUGCUGUGGACCCUGGAGAAGGCACAGAGGUGGUGUGCGAGGGCUGAGUGGGUCCACUUGGACAGCACACCCUUUGCCAGCCUCCUUCGUAAUAUGGGCACUCUGUUUGGCUUGGGCUUGGGCCUCCACUCACCGCUCUACACCGAGACCAAGAAGAGCAGCAGCACGCGGGUCAGAGCCGCCUGUGUCAUCAGCUCUCUAGUCCUUCUGCACCUUUUUGACUCCUUCAAGCCUCCCACGCACAACGCAGCCCUCUACUACCUGCUGUCCUUCUGCAAGAGCGCCACCGUGCCACUGGUCACAGUCACCCUCAUCCCGUACUGCAUCAACAGUGUGCACAACAAAAAGCAAUCAUGAGCAGCAGCGUGCACGCUCACAGCAGCAAAGACACUGGUAGCGAUUUCUUUCCUCUGGUGCUUUUCGGUUUUUCUGAUCAUCAGGAAAAUGCAGGGAGAACAAAGGAAAAUUAUUAGUAUUAUUAGUAUUAUUUGGACAUGGAACUGUGCAAAACGAGGUAAAAGCACGAUCCAGGACUCACGGUGGCGCUUACACGUUUAGAAUCUAGUAAAUUAUUAUCAUUAUAAUAGUUCAAAAGAUCAAUAGAGCAGGUGAAUGACUGUGUGUUGCUGUUAUGAAAAGCCUCACUGCAAAGACAAGAACCGACUCUCUAAGGAAUCUGAACUGUUAUACCUGUGUGCUCUUAAAAUAUUUGUUCAUAAAAUAUUUUUCAAACUACAGAAUAUUUUUUAAUAAAGAAUAACUUAAACAUA